CGAGGGGCUUGGGGCUUGCAUGGAAGGAAUGAGAGAGUAGCUGGAGAAUGCGAGAUCGCGUACUCCAUUGAGAUUCUGCUCUCUGGAUCCUUCUCCCCGACACGGCAUCACGGACACGGUAAUCCAGCCAUGCCCGAUUCGAAAGAUUUGUGGCAGGGCCAGAAAACGAGUGAGGGCCUGCGUGAGUGAGUAGCACCACCUCGAGUCCGGUCACCUGUUCGAAAGCACGGACGGCCCCAUGACUGCGGGGGCUGGAGGUUAUGGCGGAACUACCCCCGGUGCGUCGUAGUGCCGAUAGAUUAGAGAUAAGGAGCCGCUAGCGAUCACUCACUACCCCGCCGGGGCUUGUUCAGCGGGGGUGGGGGUCGAGCAUUUAGUAAGGGAGGAGGGUUUCGAUCCCAUGAUUGGCAUUUGCAAGAAGGGGUCGAGUCGCUAGAGUAGCCCCAUCAUAAAUGGGGACCGCUAGGGGGCUAGAAGAAUAGACAACCCCCAGCGCUGGACAACACAGCUCAGUGCUUUAACUAGCAGGAGCGGAGCAAAAGAUCCGAGGCGAUAACAUGAUAAGGGGCUGCCAGGACGAUUAACGGACGGUUUUAAUGCCAUGGAGGGCCGGAGAUCGCAUAAAAUAAUAGAAUCGUGAGCUAUCACUCGCAUCCGGGGGCCGGUAGCAACCCCCAAAUUUGGCUUCAGUCGGGCAUCGACCCCGUGAACUGUAGCGCAGACGAAGCCCGGACCAAAAUUGGCAAUGGUGGCAGAUGCAGCCAGGGGCAAUAGUUAACGGCGAAUGUGGUAGUUCCGCUCGCAAAAGAUCCGAUGCGCGAACAUGUAACGAGAUUGAAGAGCAGCGGGAUCUUGGAAGGACGCAUCGCAUCACAAGCCCCGGAGAGGCCCGAGACAGUUCGACCAAGCACUCAAUGUGCAGCCACCUUCGUCACACUGGAACGCGCGCCGGAUCGCGACGAUCAACGUGGUUCUGCCGCAAGCCGUGGAGCGGCAAAAGAUCCGAUCGAGAACAUGAUCGCGGUCAACCUCUGGAUCGUUAACUAACGGAGAGGAGUGGAGGGAGGGGAGGGAGGGGGUUGGCGAGCCCCCGAGGGACAGGGCAGGGCCUAGCAGGGCAGGGCAGGGCAGGGCAGGGAAUAGCAAGAGACAGGCGGGGCAGUAAACAAAUGGGGAGAAAAUACAGGCCCCUGCGAACUCGCCGACUCCAAAAUUGGCACCUCCGCCUCGACGGCCAGGCCAGGUCGCAGACGUCGACGUGGUUUCUUCGCGAGCCGUAGCGCAGCAAAAGAUCCGAUCGCGGAACAUGUAACGCGACCGAAGACGCUCCCGUCGGCACUGACGCGGGGGGAGCAGUAGGGCUGCGGGCCUGGGGCCUGGGGCCUGGGAGGAGGAGGUUUUGGGGGCGAGAACCGCCCGCGGUGGCUACAGUCCAGGGCCUGGCCGGUCAAUUGAUGACCCACCCAACCCGACGCGAGUUCCGCCAAACCAGACCCGAGUCGACCUCGGAGGAUCUAUGCGGCCAGAUCGCACCCAUCGACGUGGUGCCUUGACGAGCCGUAGCGCAGCAAAAGAUCCAACGUGAUAACAUGUGAAAAUUUCGCUGAGCUCGAGAACGUGACGUACAGUCCAUUCUAAUCCAAUCCAACCCUGCGGUAGGUUCGGAAGGGUGGUAACCUUAAUGUCUACGGAUUUGGCACUCUGCGUUCGUUCGUACGCACUAGCCCCCGUCCCCGACAGACCUGUGCCUGUUCGGUCGACGUGGUGCUUCUCGGGACGUACCGAAUCGCGAUCGCAGCAGCGAACGAUCCGAGACUCGACUCUCGAGAGCGAGCCCCCCCUCGCGAUAGGGACAAGCGCCUUCACCCCCGCGCGGCAGAGUUACAGUCCGGUACAGCGGUGCUCCUUCGCGAGUAACUAAACGCGGGGCUUAAUCGGGAUAUUUGGAUGCGCUAAAUUGGCGAUAUAGUGCAUCCAGCUGUCGUAAGCGCAAGUGGCAGUGGUCCUAGCCCCCCGGUAGAGAUCUGCUAACAAUGGCUGGUGCCGGCGAACUGUGCCGGCAAGCAGGAAGGCGGGCGGGCGCGGGGGCGCGCUAGUGGUCAAAGUAGCGGAAGGGUCAAUGUCUCGGAUAUCCGUUAGGGGCUAGAAAGAGCUGUGCGGGGAAGGGCCAAGGCCGCCGGGGGGUGGGGGGUGGGCCAAUUCAGGGCCAAUUAAGGGGCAAGUCCCAGACAAGGCCGAGGAGUUUCUCCGCUGCUGCCAUCUCUGCCAGACCUCCGCCAUUUACAGCUAGACCAGCCGCGCGCGACACCUCGGACAAGCUCAGUUCCCCGCUUUCGGGGCACUUAAGCCCCCAGUCGUCUCGUCCGGUUCCUGGCCAGGAUGCUGGUCUGCCUUGCCAUACAGUUAAUUAAUCCGCAGCCGGCAGGACGGCCCUGUCAGGGCGGACUUUAACGAGGCUCGCAGCCCUCGCAGGUUGCCACGUUUUCCAGUGCGCUUUCGUCAAUUCGGAGUGACAACCGCGCUUAAUGCAGCGGCGAAAGCAUCCGUGCCCUUGCGGUGCGUCACAUGCCCGUCUCGGCCCGCUGCCGAGCAUUUCCCUGGCACGAGGUGGUUCCGCGAAAUGAAUCGUCGUCGUCUUCGGAGCGCGAAUCAGUGUCCGUCGGUGAAUGACAUUUUCUUUCCAUGUCGAAUUAUUUAUUCCUCUCCAGUGCCGGAGUAGACUUUAUUCACAAAUGUCUGAGAAAGUUUUCAUUUAUUUGAAACAUAUGAUGAUUUCCAUGUGUGUUCCAUCACAAUCCCAAUCUCGACGAAUGAUUUUUCCUCUGACAUCCGCGCCCUGUGCGACCGGGAGCGCAAGUCAAUGUAAAUCGAAAGAACCAAUCUUUUGAAAGUUUACAGCGAUUUAAGUUUCCGAUCUCAAAAGAUCGAAUGUCAGAAAUAAUUAGUAAAUUGAUUCCACCCCAAUUUCUUCUUACUUUUGCAUAUUUCUCCAUUAUUUUUAUCCUUACAAAGCAGAAAUAUGAG